AUGUCUGGCAAUGGUUCACUAGACGUAGCGCUUUCCAGAGAGGAGGCGCUUCACCGGUUCCGAGAUAUCAAUUGGGCCACCUACACGCGUGCGGGUGGCUUUUCGCUAGAGAAGACAGAAAUAGCAGCUUUAAAGAAUCUUGAAAGUGUCAUUAAGCCGGGUGUUGAUGACAUGAGCAACAUCAAAGCUGUAGACGAGUUUAUGAGUGAUUCUGGCCCGUUGGUUGGCAGUGCACUUCUCAAACUUGUGAAGAACGUGACGGAACUGACGGUCCUCAGGUAUUGUCUAGCCCGCAUGGAAGAGCUGCUACCUGAUGGUCUUCGUCUACAUAAGCGCAUGGUGUACUUUAUACCUGAGGGCGGCACAUUAGAUGCUGCUCCGUUCUUACGAAUGAUUCGCAGUGAUACGGGUUAUACGCAAUAUGCUGCAAGCCACGUACUGGCCAUUUUUCUCACGAUUCGACCACGUCAGGAAGAUGCAGAAGCACUGUGUCAAUGGGCGAUACAAGCGUUAAAAACGGGUGCAUUGCCGACUUCGACGAGUGACACCAGUCGCGCAAACGUCACCCGUGCUGCAGUUGCAUCUCUUAUGGUACUUUUGAGAAAUGAAAAGCUUCGUGUGGUAUUCGUCAAGCUUGGUGGAGUGCCUCCAGUUGUGGAUCUACUAGAAAGCUCACAGAAUCGAGCACAACUGGCGUAUGAGCUGACAUUUAUCCUUUGGACGCUCGCAUUCUGUGACGAAGCAAUGGAAAAGUUCGUGGCUGCUAAAGCGUUGGAUGCAAUAGUCCAGCAAGUGGCAGCCGCGCCACGUGAAAAGGUCGUUCGAGUAGCCCUCGAAGCUCUUCAGAACCUACUUGGCAAGCUCAGUGGCUUUUUCAAUGAACGCAUGAUCGAUAGCGGACUGUUAAAGACACUUAAUAACAUGCGCGAACGAAAAUGGGCUGAUGAGGAUAUUGUCAAGGGAAUUCAAGCUGUCCGUGACGUCCUUGUUCGCGAAUACAAAGAACUCAACACUAUGGAGCGCUAUGAGAAAGAAUUGCGAACAGGAACGCUGAAUUGGGGCUUGCUACAUACAGACAAAUUUUGGAAGGAUAACUUCAUGACAUUCGAAAACAAGGACUUUGAACUCAUUCGCUUGUUGAUCGAUUUGCUGGAAUCGGAUGAUCCGAAGACAGUGUCUGUUUCACUAUUCGAUUUGGGCGAGUUUGUGCGUUUUUAUCCUAACGGCAAGCACAUUGCAAAAAGACUUGGCGCCAAGAAAAUGACAAUGAAGCUCAUGACGCAUGAAAAUCCGGAAGUCCAGAAGCAAGCUUUGCAAUGCAUUUCAAAAAUGAUGGUAAACAAAUGGGAGUUUGUCAAGUAA